UCUCCCCUUUGUUUUCAUCUCGUUGCUGAUUCUAAUGCUAUUUGACUGCUGAAUUUGAAGACCGAAGCAGGAAAUUUGCACCUAUCCCAUGGAUUUGACCAUUUCUUUAACGCUCAUAGAAGGUUUCUUGAUCUUAUUGGCCAUAGCAACUAAUAAAGCUAUCAGGUUUAUCUCUCCUUCAUCACUUCAUGUUAACCAUCCUGCUGCUGUUAAUGAGAGUUUCGAAGGUGAAGCUGUUUCAGUUUCAAAGGUUUCUUCUCCUCCUACUCCUCAUAUUGUUGCUACUCCUCCUACUACAAAGUAUGAUGUAUUUCUUAGCUUUAGAGGGGAAGAUACUCGUCACAAUUUUGCAAGUUAUCUCUAUGAAGCACUUUGUAAAGCAAACAUUCAAACUUUUAUGGAUCACAAACUCCAUAAAGGAGAAGAUAUCUCACCGGUUCUUCUAAGGACCAUAGAGGAAUCAGAGAUAUCUGUGAUUAUUUUCUCUACAGAUUAUGCUUCUUCAACUUGGUGUCUGGAUGAGCUUGUUUACAUAUUAGAAUGUAAGAAAAAAUUUGGAAGGAUUGUGAUGUCUAUUUUCUACAAAAUUGAUCCAUCAAAUGUUCGCAAACAAAGUGGAAGAUUUGGAGAUGGCUUUGCUAAACUGAAGCAAAGAUUUAAAGACAACCCAAACAAAUUACGGAAGUGGAAAAAUGCUUUGAUCCAAUCCACAAGCCUCGCUAGAUGGGAUUCCAAGAAUUUCAGGCCAGAGAUCAAACUCGUUAAAAAAAUUGUCAAGGAUAUAUUGAGCAAAUUGAACUACUGUACAUCGUCAUCAUGUCAUCUUGAAGGACUUGUGGGCAUUAAUCAUCAAAUUGAGAAAAUUGAAGAACUAUUGAUUGAUGCUCGGAUUGUGGGAAUAUGGGGCAUGGGUGGUAUAGGUAAGACUACACUUGCCAAGGCCGUGUUUCACAAUUUGAAAGCACAAUUUGAAGCUUCCUCCUUUGUUGGAAAUGUAAGAGAACAACUAGCAAGAAUUGGUCUGAACAAAUUAAUGGAAGAAUGCCUUAAAGAAUUAUUAAAAGAUGAGGGCCUUCACAUCUACAAUAUGAAAUCCACUUUUGUGAAACGUAGGCUCCAACAAAAAAAGAUUCUUUUGAUACUUGAUGAUGUGGACAAUUUAUUAACAGCUGAAGAUUUAACCAAAUUGUGUGAUUGGUUUGGAGAAGGAAGUAGAAUUGUUGUUACAUCAAGAGACAUGCAUGUUCUCAAGAAUGCUUCUGCAUCUGCAACAUAUCAUGUUCAGAAAUUAGAGUCCGGUCAUGCUCUAAAUCUCUUCAGUUUGAAAGCAUUUAAGCAAAAUGAUCCAUUUAAAAGUUAUUUCGAGUUAUCAAAGUUGGUUGUUGAUUAUUGUCAGGGAAACCCAUUAGCUCUUGUAGUGUUGGGUUGCUUUCUGUACAAUAGAACAAAACAACAGUGGGAAAGUGCAUUGGAAAAACUAAAACAAGCUCCACACAAGGAUAUUUUUACUGUGCUCAAAUUGAGUUUUGAUGGACUUGAUGAGAAGCAAAAGAAUGUGUUUCUUGACUUGGUACAUUUAUCGAGCGAAACAAGUUAUAAGAUUUCUUUAAACUUUAUUAGAGGCUUCUAUGACUUUUCUGUAUAUAUUGAGAUAAGUGUCCUCAAAGAAAGAUCUCUUAUUUCCAUGGAUCAAUUUGGUGGAAUUGAGAUGCAUGAUCUUAUAAGAGAAAUGGGUCAAGAAAUUUGUAGACAACAAUUGAUCAUUGAUCCUGAAAGACCUAUUCGGCUAUGGAAACACAACGAUAUUUAUCAUUUGUUCAUCAAUAAAAAGGGGAGUGGGACAAUUCGAUGCAUAUCUUUGGAUAUGUGCAAGACAAAAGAGAUAACAUUGCAGGCUAAUACCUUCAGAAAGAUGAAUGCCUUAAAAUUUCUCAAGUUUUACAAGUCUGAUUUUGAAAAGCCUUCAAAAGUGUAUGUUUAUGAAGGUCUUGAUAAUCUCCCUGAAGAACUAAGGUUUUUCUUUUGGGAAGAUUAUCCUCUGCCAUCUGUACCACUAAGCUUUUGUGCAGAGAAUCUCAUGGAACUUGAAAUGCCUCAUAAUGAACUCCAACAACUUUGGGAUGCAGAUCAGCAUUUCCCGAAUUUAGGAGUGAUGAAUCUGACUGCGUCAAAAGAUCUGGUUGAGCUUCCAAAUCUCUCUCAAGCCCCCAAUAUGAGUAUGGUAUAUCUUGAUGAAUGUGUGAACUUGACUCAAAUUUAUUCUUCAAGUAGCUUGAGCAAGCUUUCCCAUUUAUCCAUACGAGAUUGCAAAGACCUGAGACAUAUAAGCAUUGGUGGCAAUAUCAAGGAGACAAGUUCUGGGUUAGUAGCUGUCUACAAUUUUCUGGAUCUUGGCAACUCGUUGUUCCAUAAAUUGAUUGUGAAGCUCUUUGUCUCAAACGAUGGCAAUAUUUUCUCUGGUUUUCGGGUUAAACUUGUGUCAGUAUCAUUGUCAGAGAUAUUAUCAACAGAUCAGUACAUGAACAAUACUGAGAGUUCAAAGUUGAAAUUGUCAUCUUUGCUUCCAUUUGUUACUUCACUUCGCUGGUUAGAUCUUAUGGAGUUUGGCAAUUUCAGCGAACGUUUCAACUUUCUUUCUGAACAUGAAGAGCUUAAGAAUAUCCAUGCCAAAGAUGUAGUCAAUGAACUCAGAGCGAUGGUGAGAAAGCCAUUGGAGGUUGAAGAAAAGAGAAUAACAGUAGAGGUGAUCACAGAUUACACUUCUUAUUAUCAUGGAAAAAGGAAGCCAUUGGAGAUCGAAGAAGAGAUAAUGACAGAAAUAAUGGAAUGCUGUUGUAGUACAAGCAAUAAUAGAUUAAUCAGAGCUCCUAAUAGCAUCACACGCUGGCCAUUACUGACACAGGUGACAUUGCAGAAAAGUGAAAUUACUGGGUGUGAAGUUUGGGACAUUCCUGGGAUUUCAAUGUUGAAAUCACUUGCAGAAUCUGGUUGUUGCAGCAGGAAUAAACCUGUCAUAGAUAUAAGAAUUUCACUGGAUAAAGAAGCAACGAUAUGGGGUGGCAACAAUGAUAUUGUAGCAGAAACAAAAUGGGACAUGCCUAAUUUUAGCAUCGAUAUAUGGCAAGAAUUGGCUGGAGAUUUCUUUGUUCAUUUUCCCAUUCGCUUAGAUCACGACUCCAUUUCGUUUCUUUUAUGGUUUUCAAGAAGAACUAUCAGCAAGUGAUGAUGACUUCUGAUGCUUCACUGUUAUGGAUUGAUGUGUAGAUAAUUUGUUUCGCACUCACGUAUCAUAAUUACUGAAUCAAGUGUGCGCAUUCAUUUUGUGAAAGUAAGGCCUACACACAGAUGAUUUAUACACGUAGGAAAGAUCAUGUUUCUUAAAUAUAA